AUGUGGCGUCCCCGGCCGCUGACACUGGCGUACUGGCCGUUUCACAGCUGCCGCUUGUUGAUCGCAGGGCGGCCGCUGAAUAGUAUCGCCGACCCCGCCGCGCGUUGCAUCGCUAUUUUCAACUGCCCCGUCAUUCUGAUCUUCACACUUCCACGCGUCACAUCUCCCGCGCCCGUACCAGCCAUGUCCAGCGACGCAGCCAACGACCCCGAGAUCCUCGCUCAUGUCCAGCAGUUCUGGGAGGGCCGCAAGCCUAGCAGUCCCAUUUACCAGUUCCUGCUUGACGAUAUCAAGCUGACCUAUGCCUCCAAAGGCGUCGUGCGCGCCCAGCUGCCGCUUACCAAGAACCACGUGAACACGCACGGAAGCAUCCAUGGCUCCGUCUCCGCGACACUGAUAGACUGGGUUGGUGGCAUCGCUAUCGCAGCUUGGGAUAACCGGAGCAAGGCAGGAGUGUCGACAGACAUUCACAUCUCGUACUUGAGCGGGGCUAAGGAUGGUGACACCAUUGAAAUUGAGGGCAGGGCAGGAAAGGUUGGCGGAACCCUCGCUUUCACCACAGCGACCAUAUGGAAGCUGGUCGAUGGCAAGCCAGGUCCUAUCGUAGCCACUGGCUCACACACGAAAUUCAUAAAGAUAUGA